AUGAACGACCUCUUAACGGAAUCAUUUGAAAUCCCUCGGGAUCAGGGUUCCAGACCUACUGAUAUUGAGAUGGGAAUGACCUCUGGGGAAUUGGGAUUAGAGAAUUUCUUUAAAAAGGUUCAAGAGAUCGAGAAACUAUGUGAAAAGCUCGACAAGCUACUUAGAAAGCUCCAGGAUGCACAUGAGGAGUCCAAGGCUGUGACUAAGGCUCCUUCCAUGAAAGCUAUCAAGCAGCGAAUGGAGAAAGAUGUUGAUGAAGUUGGAAAGAUUGCUCGAUUGACUAAAGCAAAAAUUGAAGCACUUGACAAGGAGAAUUUAGCAAAUCGGCAAAAGCCAUCAUGCGGGAAAGGAACUGCUGUUGAUCGAUCAAGAACUUCAACAACAGUUUCAUUGAAGAAAAAGUUUAAAGACAAGAUGGCUGAAUUUCAGUCUCUAAGAGAAAUGAUCCAGCAAGAGUAUCGUGAAGUUGUGGAGAGACGCGUAUUCACAGUGACCGGUACACGAGCAGAUGAAGAGACAAUUGACCAAUUGAUUGAGACGGGAGAUAGUGAACAGAUUUUCCAGAAAGCUAUUCAUGAACAAGGGCGUGGGCAGGUAAUGGAUACCCUGGCAGAAAUUCAAGAGCGUCAUGAUGCGGUCAGAGAGCUUGAGAAAAAGCUAUUGGAACUACAACAGAUUUUCUUAGAUAUGGCAGUGUUGGUGGAUGCACAGGGCGAUUUGCUCGACAACAUAGAAUCACAUGUAUCGACUGCAGUAGAUCAUGUACAGUCAGGGAAUACUGCCCUCCAAAGGGCAAAGUCGUACCAGAAGAGCUCUCGAAAAUGGAUGUGCAUUGCCAUCAUAAUCCUUCUCGUCAUCGUUGCCAUCACCGUAGUGGGAGUACUCAAGCCUUGGACUAACAAGAGUGGUGCUUAA